AUGUGUGCUCCAAAAAGGUGGGAAGCAAGAAGAACCGAUACCAUGUCUAUCGGCCGCAUGUACUACUGUAGCCCUGCUGCCGACGAGAGGUAUUAUCUGCGUCUGCUGCUCACAGUUGUCAGAGGAGCUACGUCGUUUUCUCAUCUGAGAACUGUCAAUAAUCACGAGUAUGCCACCUUUCGCGAGGCCUGUAUGGUGCUGCAUUUGGUCGAAGAUGAUGGAGAAUGGACCAGAGCCUUUGAAGAAGCUGCUACAUUUGCCUCUGGCUACGCAAUGCGUUCAAUGUUUGUCUCUGCGCUCAUGUUCAACUCAUUGGUAUCGCCUGUUCAGAUUUGGAAUCAAUUCUGUGAAAGUUUCUGUGAUGACCUUGAGCAUGCAAUCGUGCAAAAAGGGUAUUCGCUGCUGCUCAGCGUGCAACCUGACGCUGAAUUUUACCAUGGAACGCGAAGUCUUGAUUACGGCUUAUAUCUGUUGCAAACAUCUCUUGGUGCACAAGACAGAUCUCUAGGUCAGUUCAAUUUGCCUUUGCCUCUCUUCAACUGGAAUGGCUUGAUAAGCAGAAUGACUGGCAUACAACGCAAUUCAUUGAUACUCAAUGAAAUGUCAUAUCUCCAAGAUCAAGAAGCCUUUUCGUACCAGCAAAAGUACGCUCAAAUGAACGCUACCCAGAAGCACGUAUUUGAUACCAUCACCUCCUCCAUCAACAGCAACAUCAACAGCUCACAUUUCUUUUUGCAAGGUCCAGCUGGCACUGGCAAAACCUUCAUUUACAAUACUCUUUGUCACUUUUAUAGAAGCCAAGGAAAAAUUGUUCUCUGUGUUGCCUCCUCUGGCAUUGCUGCUUUGCUACUUCCUGGUGGGCGUACGUCGCACUCUCGCUUUGCCAUUCCACUCAACAUCCACGAGCAGUCUGUGUGUGCAAUCAAGAAAAACGAUGAUCUUGCUGAUCUCAUUCGAGAGACAACAUUGAUAAUUUGGGAUGAAGUGCCCAUGCAGCAUCGUUAUUGCUUUGAAGCUUUUGAUCGAACACUUCGUGAUAUUUGUAGUCGUGGUGAUGAAGUUACCUUUGGUGGUAUUUCUGUCGUUCUUGGCGGUGAUUUUGCUCAGAUUCCUCCUGUCGUGAAACAAGGUGGCCGUCCUGAAAUCGUUGCUGCUUCGUUGAUGUCGCCAAGGUUGUGGCCCAGACUACAAAAGCUGAGACUGACUGAGAAUAGGAGACUUGCCAACUCGAAUGAUACCGAUAGGCAAUUUGCAGACCGGAUUGGCAGAAUGUCUUACGAAUCAGCCAUGAUCGGCAACAUUGCUUUGCCCUCUUUUUUGAGGCAGAUGACUGAUCUUGAUCAGUUCAUUGAAGAUAUCUAUCCUCAGCAUGUUCUGCAGCGUCCUCUGCAAAAUAAUGAUUUCUUUAAGGAAAGAGCUAUUCUCUGCUCAAAAAAUGUCAAUGUCGAUGCUAACAAUUGCAAGGUGAUGGAGAACGUGAUUGGUGAAAAGCCCACUUUGUACUCUGUUGACACAGUGCAAUCUGAUCUGACCAACACUGAGACCCAAGCCUAUCCCUCAGAGUAUUUGCAAACCCUUUCGCCUUCAGGGCUGCCGCCAGCAGUUUUGGAGUUGAAAGUAGGUCUUCCUGUCAUGCUCUUGAGAAACCUCAACCCUGAAAGAGGUUUGUGCAAUGGUACAAGACUGAUCAUACAGCAAAUUGGACAGUAUGUCAUCAAGGUGAAAAUCCUUGGAGGAUCAGAUACAAUCGAGUUGAUUCCUCGCUUUACAUUAUCAACAUUGCCUGAUACAUUACCAUUUAUUUUGACUAGGAAACAAUUCCCUGUAAAAGUAUCUUUUGCAAUGACAAUCAACAAAUCUAAAGGGCAAUCUUUUAGAAAAGUCGCGGUGGACCUCAGGAGUCCCGUAUUUACUCAUGGCCAACUCUAUGUUGUCAUGUCAAGAGCAACAUCUGCCAAUGUCAUGACUAUAUUGUUGCCCGAAAAUAUGAAACACACAGAAAAUGUGGUGUAUCCUGAAGUUCUAUUUUCAGAUACUACUUAA